GCGGCGGUGGUGGUGGGAAUAUACCAACCAGUAUCAGGAGUGCUAGUAGAAUGCCAGUAUCAGAUGAUUUCCAAUGGGACAAUACAUAUGGACUCUCACCUCAAUUUCUAGAAUCACUACAUAUCCGUGGGCCACUUAUCAAUCGCAUUUUUGUUGCUAAUCUCGACUACAAAGUUGAUGAAAAAAAAUUGAAAGAGGUAUUUAAACUUGCUGGACGAGUAUUAGAAGUUGAAAUAUUUUCAGAUAAAGAAGGAAAAAGUAAAGGAUAUGGAGUAGUUGAAUAUAAUCACCCAGUAGAAGCUGUUCAAGCUAUUUCUAUGUUCAACAAUCAAUUUUUAUUUGAACGUCCAAUGUCUAUACGUCUUGAUCGUACAGAUAAAGACCCAUUAGCAAGACUUCCUGAAGGGUUGAAAUCAAUAGGAAUGGGUUUAGGUGCAGGCGGAGCACCAUUGCACGAUGUUGAAAGAAAUCUACCUUCAAAUAAUACUUCAUCUAAUCAAUCUCAGUCAUUAACUACGCCUGUUAAUACAUCUGCUUUGGCUGUAUUAAGUGGAUUAAGUGCUGAUAGAUUGGGCAUUGAGACCCAAAAUAGACGUUCUCUUGGUGGAGUUAAUGGACUGGGAAACUUAAGUGCUAGUGAUUUAGGCAUUGGAACAAGCCUAGGAGCUGCUUUUGGAUCUGGUAUGAAUACUAGUGGACCUGGAUCGAUGAAUAGUUCUUCACUACAUCAAAACUCACUAGGUGGUCGUGAUUACGAUUCUUUAUCACUCGGUGUACGAAAUUCAAACAGUGGUGGUGGUGCCUUCGGAGCAGACUUUAGAUCCGGUUUGGGUGGAGGUGAUAUGCAUAUGGGUAUGGGCCCGAAAAAAUCUGACACAAUUAUGGUAAAAAAUUUACCAUCAAAUACAACAUGGCAAAGCUUAAAAGAUUACUUUCGUGACUGUGGAGACAUUAAGUUUUCCGAGGUUGGAAGUAAGGGAUUUGGAAUUAUUCGAUUUGCAUCUGAAUGGGAUGCUGAAAGGGCAAUAACUUUAAAAAAUAUGUCAAGAUUUGAUGGUCAUCUUAUUGAAGUAGUAUAUUUCUAACUACAAGUGUAAGUAACCAUUUUUAUAACUCAGAAACAAUACAUAAUUUUAAUAAAUAUUCUAGUGUAAUACUUUAUGUAUGUAGACCAGUUUAAUUCAAUAUUUAUUGUAACAUAAUUAUUGUCUUUUUGGCAGUAACUGAAAUUGAAGGCUUAAAAUAUUUUUCCAAUAGGCUAAUGACUCUGUGUGUUUGUGUUUUAGACUUCAGUACUGUUUAAAAAUAACUUUUUGGAGAUAAUAAGACAUUUUAUUCUUGGUCUAUUUUUAUAUUUUUGAUUUUAUUAUGUCUGUCAAUAUCUUCUUAUUCCUAUUUCAAGAAUUGAGAAUAAAAUUGAAUUAGUUUGUAAAAUUGUCUUUUUUUUUCAUAGUUUGUAUUCUUAGUGGUGUGUGAGAAUAAAUGACAAGAUCAGAUUUAUGAAAUUUUAA